GUGACGAGCCAGGCCUCAGGACCUUUUCUUUUCUUUUCCUAAUAAUUGCACGUACCCUAAUUUGGUCAAUUAGGGUUCAUCUUUGGGUUUCAGCUAAUUUCGGAUUCGAAUAAUUUUCCAGUCAGCUUCAAAAUCCAUUGGCUUCUCAUCUUUGGGCUCUCAAUUCCCUAAGGCGCGCCCUCCGAAGGGAGCUCGCCUUUCCGAAUCAUGGCCCCAUUCGCCAAAUCCAGAUCCUCUCUCAUCGUCGUCAUGAUCACCUUAGUCUUCACCAUCGCCUCCUUCCCCACCGUCGGAUCCGAGCACCACUCCUCGGCCAUCCGAUUACCAUCCGAAGAUGACGGAAAUAACUGCGCCGGAGGAUCCAUGCCUGCCUCCUGCCCCAUCAAGUGCUUCCGGCCCGACCCAGUUUGUGGCGUCGACGGCGUCACCUACUGGUGCGGCUGCCACGAAGCUCUGUGCGCCGGCGUCAAGGUCGCCAAGUUCGGAUUCUGCGAGGUGGGCAAUGGCGGGCCGGGCCCUCUCUCCGGCCAGGCCCUCCUUCUGGUCCAUAUCGUAUGGCUGAUUGUGCUCGGCUUUUCCGUCUUGUUCGGGCUUUUCUGAUGGGUUUUGGGCUCUUUAGGGACUUCAUAUCAUGGAUUGAUUGCUCAGGUUUUUCUUUUUAGUAAUUCUUUUGUGAGAGUUCGUGGGUGAGAGGAGCGGCAUUCGGUGCAACUUUUUUUUUUUUUCUGUAUGAUAGAGGCGCAUAUACGGCUAUUGUUUGUCUUCUCCUCAAUAUUCUUUUUGUUAUAUAUAAGCUCCAUUCUUUUCUUUCGUGA